GGCGCUGAAACCCAGAAAUGUCGCGGCUUCUUGUUGAGGAGCUGCAACCGGCAACUGCUGUUAACAGCGCAGUUGCUGGCAAUUUUGCUCCUUUGGCGGGUUCGGCCGCGACCGAUCGUGAACAUGCACCCAACCAGCUUGUCGUUAACUGUGGCGAUUACUUACAGCUUUGGGAGCCAGCAAAUGGAACCCUGAAAAUUCGUCAGUCAUUUCACCUCUUCGAGCGCGCGGAGCACAUCGACCUGGUGCCCGCAUCGCUGCAACUCUUGGGCCCCGACGCGCGGGACGCUGUGCUGCUAUUUACAGCAGACGGUAGAUGCUCGCUAUUCCGGUUCCGGCCGGUGGGGCGCCUGUCGGCCAGCGACUCCCAGCAGCGGCGCGUGGGCGUGGGUGUUCCUCGCCUCGAGCUAACAGAGCUCGCCUGCCUCACGCUGCCCAUCCCGCAAUUGCACGGCGCGCUCCUACCUAGGCGCCUCACUGGCGUCUGCAGCAGCGGCGUAACGCCGCUAGCGAGGGGGCCCUCGGCGGCCACGGGCGGCGCGUGUGGCGUGGUGGUGGUGACCGCGCACCUGGGGCUGUUGCACGUCAUCGCGCUGUGCGGCCCGGGCUCGGCUGCGGCUGUUGCGGCCACUGCAGCAGCGCGCGCUGCGGAGCAGGACGCCGGCCUAGAGGAGGGCGACCUUGAGGAGGAGCCGCUGCCGUUGCUGCUAUGCGCGGCGGUGCUGAGCUCGGACACGCCGCUCAGCGCGCUGCCGCCAGGCUCGGACCCGCUUAUGUCGGUCCAGCGCACCGACCACGUCCACGCCAUGGCCUUCCUGCCGCCCCAGCAGCCCGGCACGGCGGCUGGCGCCGGCGUGGCCGCCGGCGACACCACCGCGCCGCCGCUGCUGGCGGUGCUGCACCAGCCCGACGGCGGCGCCAGUGUGGGUGUGCGCCUGGACUGCCUCGAACUGGAGCUGGGGCUGUGGGGGCAGGCGCCGGGGAAGGCUGGCAGGGGACAGGGGCAGCGCUCGGUGCCUGCUGGCGGCAUCCUCGCAGGAGAGCCGCGGCUGCGUGCGGCGAUGCGGUCGGGGCCGUGGGCCGCCAGGAACCUGCACCCCACCACCAGCCUGCUGCUGCCCUACCCCGGCUCCCCCGCCGCGCCCGACCUGCCCCCCGGCGUCAUCACCGUCAGCAGCCGCAGCGCCGUACUCUACUCCCGCCCCGUGCCGCUCGCGCAGCUGGCCGCCGCAGACGCCGCCGCCGCCGCCGCCACCGCGGCCACAGGCCCGGGCGGCAAGGCCUCCCGCACCCCAGCCGCCGCCGCCACCGGGCCAACUGAAAUGUCGUUGGACGAACAGGAGGCCGCCGCGGUGGCGUUCUGGGACGAGCUGUACGGCAGGGACGGGCUGGACGACGCGGCGGCGGGCGCGGCCGAGUGUGCCGUACCGCGGAUGGAGCUGGUGUCGUACGGCGGCUGCAUGGGGGGCCUGCCGGCGGCGGGGGAGAUGCUGGCGCCGGGCGUGUACGCGGUGGGAGACAGCGCGGCAGGCAUGCACAUGCUGCACGCCGCCGGGCCGCGGCCCUGGCUCAGCCGAGUGGAGGUGGGCGCCGGCGCCGCCGCACUGGCCGCCGUAUUGGGAGCCGGCGGCGGCGGCGGCGGCGUUAGCGGCGGCGGCAGUGGCGUUAGCAGUGGCGAUGGCGGCGGCGGCGUGAGCGGCGUGACGGCGCUGCCCUUUGCUGCCGUGGCCGUGCCGUCCGUGCUGCGGUACCUGCCGCCCUCCCCGGGCGCUGACGGUGAGGGGCUGCUGUUCGUGGGCAGCUGCGUCAGCAACAGUCAGGUCCUGGCCGUGCCCGCCGCCUCCCCCACCUCCGCCUCCGCCUCCUCCGCUCCUGUGGCCCCUGUGGUGUGGCCGCUGGCGGAGCUGGCUGCGGUCAAGAGCCUGGCGCCCGUGAUGGACGUGGCGGUGGUGCCGGACAUGUCGGGCCUGGAGGACCCCUGGCUGGUGGUGUCGAGCGGGCUGGGCUCGGCGGGCCGCCUGGCUCGCUGCCGCCUGGGCAUGGCGCUGGAGCCGUACCAGGCGGACGGACCCACCGUGCUGACCGGCUGUCAGAUGUUUCCCCUGCGCCUGCUGGGCGGCGCCCUCGCUACAGCUGCAGCUGCUACAGCCCCGGCCUCCUCCCCGACUGUCGCCUCCUCGGGCUGCUGCAGCCCCGGCCGUGUGACCAGUCACGUGGCCUUCAGCUGGGAGGCCACCGCCACCACUCACUUGCUGUGUGUGGCAGCGGCGGCGGCGGCGGAUGUAAAUGGUGCGGGCCAGGAGGAGGAGGAGGAGGAUGGCGUGUUUAGGCAGGUGACGCUGCCGGGCCUGGCCCACGGCUCGGCCUCACUACUAGUGGCGGACGUGGGGGCAGACCGGCUGGUGCAAGUUGUGCAGGGCGGCGGCGUGCGGUCGGUACAGCCGCUGGCUCAGGGCGGCGGCCUGGCGGGCGAGUGGCACCCGCCGGCGGGAGAGAAGCUGUCCCUGGCGGCGCAAUGCGCGAGCAGCAGUAGCAGCGGCAGUAGCAGGGGGGGCGGCAGUGGCCUGCUGGCAGUAGCAAGCCGCACGGCGCUGCACCUGCUGCGGGUGGACGCGGCCACGGGCGCCAUCGCGCACCUGUCCGCCACACCCCUGCAGGCAGAACUGUCGGCGUUGGCACUGGCGCCCGCGCUCCCGCGCCUGCUACAGCCAUCUGCAGCCGCUGCUACAGCCCGUGCCUCCGGCUCGCCGGGUCUGACCGGAGAGGCGGCGGCGGCGCUGGUGCUGACGGGCCAGUGGCGCAGCAACCGGGUGGAGGUGGCGAGCGCUUUGAAUCCAGGGCGGCCCAUGCUGGCGCUGGAUCUGGAAUAUGCGGCGGCGGGCGCGGACUCCGGCGCCGAACAGAUGCCGCGCUCGCUCGCGCUGAUGCCGCUGCCCGGGGCUGUAGCAGGGGCAGGGGCGCCGCCGGCUGUAGCACUGCUGGCGAGCACGCAGGCUGGGCGGCUGUUUGCCUGGCAGCUGCAGCCGGCCACCGCGUCGGGGCAGCAGCAGCAGCUACAGCCGCCACAGCCGCAGCAGCAGCCGCAGCAGCUUCAGGCGGGGCCUUGCUACAGCGUGCGGCUGAGCAACCUGCCCGUGGAAAUGCGCGCGGCGGAGGGUCCAGCCGCCGGGCCCCAUGGCGGCGGCGGCGGUGACGGCGGCGGUGGUUACAUGUACCUGCACUCCUCCUCGGGCGGCGCCGUGCUACGGCCCCGCGCCGCCGCCCUGCUGCGAGGCGGCAGUAGCAGCACGGGUAGCGGUGGCAGUAGCAGUAGCAGUGGCAGUGGCAGCGGCAGUGGCAGUGGCUGGCUCGCGCUGGAGGAGCAGUUGGAGGUGGUGCGGGUACACGGCACGGAGGAUGCGCAGGCUCUGGUGCAGCUGCACACGCGCUCCAUGCCCCACAGCGCCGCCUGGGUCACCGCCGCCGGCCGUCUGCUGUUCGGGCGGCUGGACCCGGCUGUGCGGCUGCGCUGGGCCACCGCCUACGUGGGCGAGACCCUGACGCGACUGGCCUUCCACCCAGGCAGCAGGUGCAUACUGGCGCUGUGCGAGGCGGGGGCCGGAGGCGGGGGUCCUGGAGGAGGGGGUGGAGGAGGAGGCGGGGUUGGGGGAGGAGGGGGUGGGGGAGGGGGGAGUGUGUUGAGGGUGAUUGACGCCGACACGCUGCAGCCGGUGGCGGCCAUGCGGCUGGCGGCGGGGCACCACCCCACAGACCUGCUGGUGGCGCCGCUGGCGUGCACCUCAGCCGCCACCACAACAGCAGUAGCAGCAGCAGCAGUAGCAGUAGCAGCAGCCUCUGGCGGCGGCAGAGGCGCCGACAGCUCCGCCGCCGCCGGCGAUGACUUCGGUCGCACUAAUGGGUGGCCGGCAGCGGGUGGUGACGCCGGAAAGGCUGGGGCGGCCGGUACAAAGGACUUCAUCGUGCUGGCCUCCUACCUCCUCAUCGAGCCCCAGCCCCAGCCGGAGCACGAGCCCGCUGACCCCGAGCUCUUCGAGGCAUGGGCAGCAGGCGCAGGUGCAGGUGCAAGGGCGGGGCCGGGGGCGCGGCACGGAGCCGGCGUGGCGGAGCCGCAGCCGCAGCCGGCGGCUGUCGCGGGGGCGGGUGAGCUGCAGCAGCACGGGCUGCUGUCGUUCUUGGAGCUGCAGGCGGGGCCGGCGCCGGGCGGCGCCAACGGCUCCAGCCACGCCCUGGUGCUGCACGGCACGUGCCCCACCGGGCCCCUGGUGGCGCAGGUUCUGGCAGUGGCGCGGCCUUCACCCCUGGACGCAGCCACAGCCACAGCAGCGGCGCCGGAGGAGGGGGCAGGGGCAGGGGCGGAGCCGCAAGGCGGAGGAGGAGGAGGAGGAGCGGCAGGGGCGGCACCGACCACUGCGGCGGCUGCAUCCGUGGCGGCUGCGGCUGUGGCUGGCUGCCUGGAGGUGGAGGCGUGCGGCGACCCGGUGCUGCUUGCGGGCUGUCAGGACGGCGUGCGCGCGUUCCAGGUGCAUAUUGACGACGCCGCGCGCGACGGCAGCCGCGCCGUGCGCCGCGCCCUGCGGCUGGUGGGUCGCCUGAGGGAGCUGCGGCUGCCGCUGCCCGCAGCAGACACAGCGGCAGCAGGAGCGGGAGCGGGAGCGGGCGGGGGUCAGGGCGGCCCGGAGGAGGAGGACGGCUUGGUGGACGACGAAGCGGACCUGCCUGACGCCAACGAAGGAGCCUCGCUCCGCCUGCGGCCGCGGGGGCCGCGCCCCGCCGGCGGCGCCUUCGGUGGCAGCGCCGCCGCGGCCUCUUCUCUGGGCGGGAAGGACGGAAAUGACGACACAGCCGAGGAUGACGCCGAGGAGGAGGAGGACGAGGAGGACCUGCACGCAGCCCUGGCCGCCGCGCUGUUUGCAGCGGACGGAGAUGAGGAGGAGGAGGCGGAGGCGGCGGAGUCGGGGGCCGGUGGGCGGCGGCGGGGCGGGGCGCGCAGGGCGGCGCCGGAGGCGGCUCGCGCAUUGCGGGCGCUGCGGGCGCGACUGCAGGAGGAGGAGGAUGCCGAGGUGGCGGACGACUCUGACCCCGAUGCGGAGGAUGGCGCCGGCCCCAGCGGUGGUCCUGAGGGUGCCGUCAGUGGCAGUGGCGGGGUGGGCGCCGCCAGUGCUCCGCUGCGGCGGCUGCUGCGUGACGUGCAGCGCGACUGGAGCCGCCGCGUGACGCUGCGGCCAGUGGCGCACGCGCCCACCUUUGCCCGCGGUGCCGUGGUCACCUCCCUCACCUGCUACAGCCCUCCCGCCGGCGGCAGCAGCAGUGGCAGUAGCAGCUGUGGCGUGGGGCUGGUUGCGGCGGGUGAUUUCCUGGGGAGCGUCACGAUGCUGCGGCUGACGGUGUCGGGGGCGGCGGCUGGAGGGCGACACGGGCGUGGGCGUGUGGCGCUGGCGCCUGCGAGUGUGGACCGACGGCCCGUGUUCGCACAGGCCGCCUGCCUGGCCUCCCCGCGCCAGCUGCUGGUGUCGCUGCACCCGCACGGCCUUGCGCUGCUGACCCGGGACCCCGAGGCCGAGGAGGAGGCGUGGGCGGCGGCGCGGCACAGGGCGGCGGAGCAGCUGGAGCAGGGCCACCGGCAGAACCAGCGCGCUGCGGAGCAGGAGGCGGCGGCGCGCGUGUGGGCGGACGUGUUGGACGACGGCGCGGCGGCGCGCGGGCAGCAGCGCGGCGCACGGCCUGUGUACGAAAGGGUCAGCGGCGCAGCUGCCGCAGCCGCAGCUGGGAGGGGGGCCGCGGGAGGCGGAGGCGGGGCUGGCGUGGAGGGGGCGUGGGUGGGGGCUGUGCGCCUGGACGAGCUGCCGGGGCUGGAGCUGCGGGCGGCGUGCAGGCUGCGCCACAGCGUCACGCGCAUGUGCGUCGUGUCGCCUGGGCUGCAGCUGCGGCCGCACGCCAGCGGCCAGCCCGGCAGUAGCAGCGUCGUCGGCAGUAGCAAUAGCAGCGGCGCCGCCAUGGACGCGGUGUGCUUCGCCGCUGACGGCGCCGUGUCACUGGUGCGCUGCGCCCCUGAGCCCGCCGCCACCCACGCUACAGCCGCCGCUGUAGCCGCAGCUACAGCCGCCACUGCUCCUGCAGCCGCCUGGACGGAUGGCGGCGGCGCGCUGCAGCGGCUGCAGCAGGCUGUAGCAGAGCUGUCCCCGGAGGAGGCUGCGCUGCUGAGUGGCGUGGACGCAGACAGCUACUGCCAAGCCUUUGGCUGGCCGCUGGUGCUGCCGCGAACGACGGCGGCGGGAGCCGGCCUGGCGGGGGCUGUAGCAGCGGGGGUUGCUACAGCCGGCGGCGGCGGCGGCGGUGCAGGAGGCGGUGGUGCGGAUGGUGGUGGUGGUGGUGGCGCCGGGGCUGGGGUUGUGGGUGCGGGUGCGGCUGCGGCUGCAGCAGGGCCAGGAGGGGCGCUAAUUGGAGACGAGGAGGAGGAAGCGCGGGCGCUGUGCGCGGGCUGCAUUGAUGGCACGUUGCUGCGGCUGCUGCAGCAGGCGGCGGGCAGGGCGGCGGGGCUGGGGGAUCCUGGCGAGGGGGAGGUGGGGGAGGGUGCCGCCGACCGUGCCGCGUCAGUGGAUGAACUGCAGCGGGUGAUGACUGGGCUAGCGGAGAGGGCUCUGGGGCCCGGGGCUGGUGCAUCGGAUAUACAGGCGCUGCUUUCGCAACAGCGGCUUGUGAGUUAGCCGGGGGGGAUGAGGUACCUGCUGCUCUUCGGCUGCUGCAUGGCUUGGGCUGUCGCUGCUGUUAGGUUCUAACCCCAUAUUAUUGACGAUGCUUUAAGAGCAACCAGAAAGCGCACGAUGCCAGAAGAAGUAUGUACGGUAUGUUGGACGACGUGGCAGAGCAAGCGAAGCAGUAGCGGGUGUAACUGGUGAGUCGC